AUGGAGAAGGAUUAUAAUACAGAUUUGGAGGACUUCGGGAAUUUGGAUUCGCUGGAUGUUCCAUUUGAUGAAUACAAACAGCAACCGGAAUUGAGUACAAUCGUAAUACGUAAUGUGAAGUUGGUUAGCGCGGAUGGAUUACGGAACUUGUGCCGCCGGUAUGGAAACGUCGUCAACUCCCGGAAACCGCACGUGGAAGCGAACAUUGGAUUUGUGGAAUUUGCCAAUGAGGGUGAGGCGCUGUGUGCCAUCACAAACAUCAACAGUAAUGUGAAUAGGGGAUUUCGUGCUGAAAUUGUUCUCCCCAAGCGUAAACCAUCGGAAAAGGAUGGCAAAGUAUCUGUGCAGUUGGAUAAUGACGAAGACUGGCAGCAGACGAGUGUGUUGAAACGAUUUAAUUUCAGUUUGAUGCCACCGCUAGCGAUCAAAUUUCCUCCACGUGCUUUACUUGGUACGAAAAAUGAUUACCUUUCUACCGUCACCGGACCACUGCUGAGAAAGGUUGAUCCCGAGUUGUUCUUUAGCGUACAGAAGGUGCUGCCGGUGGAAUGCGAUAAAAAAUCUAAACUGAGCGGUGCGAGCGAACGAAAGGAAAAGGAGAAAAAGCAGAAACCACUCUCCGGUCCUGGACUUUAUGAUGCCGAGAAGAAGGUGUUUACAUUUUCUAACCUCACUGAAGCACAGAAAGCCGCCGUCGGCCCGUGUCUGGACUGCAUUGUGUGCGAAGACUUUGCUAAUGCUACAUGCAGCAAAUGCGAUAAUCCAUACUGCUCGAAGCGCUGCCACAAGCAGCACCAUGUAAACAACGUGUGCCCUGCGAAAGGACAAAAACCGCCGGUGGUUCCGGUAAAGUGCGAUCAUUUUCUGAAACGAGAUCAGCUUCCAACCAAGGCGAAUGUUUGCAUAACUGCCGUCCUAACGCAGGCCAUUGUCUUCGUCCGAUCGAUGGACCCUGCUGUCGAGUUUGAAUACUUUACAACGUUUGCCGAUUGUGAGAUGGAGAGUCUGUGCGAUAAAACCUCUAAUGGCACGGAAGUGCAAGUGGUAGCCGGUGAGAUAUAUAAUGCACCGGGUGCCCCGCACGGUACGUACGGGCGAGUGCUGCUGAUCGAGCCUGGGCCGGUGGAAUCAAAAUGUGUAUUCAUCGAACACGGCACGAUUAGUCUCGUGCGCAACGAAUCAUUGAGGUGCAUCGAAGAUCCGGAAUUAAAGUACCGCAAGGUGUACGUCUACAAGGUUUGUCUGGCCGAUAUUACGGAGGAGUUCGGCGAGGUGGAUAAGGCGAUUCAAUAUUUACACCAACUCAAAGGCAAAAAACUCGAGAUGAAGUAUAAGAUGGAGGCAGGCAACAUGGUUGAUAUUCAGUUGCACACAGCGAAUUUUACAAGUGUGAACGAAUACAUCAACCGUUUGAUCAUUGUCCCACCAAUACUGACGGAUAAGGAGCACGAAGUUUUCAUCAAGUACGAGGACAUCGCUCAUAAGAUCCCAACGAUGGGCAAAGGUAAGAGCAUUAUGAUUCUGAAUCGGAUGACCAUAAAGUUUGACGGACGCGUUACCUGGAUCGACUGGGAUGACCUGCCGUACCUGGAGACGCUGCAAGGUAAAUUGCAGAGCUAUGGUAAGAAAGUGUCAACAUUCCAGCGCGAUUUUACCCCACGCCUCGGGGAGCUGUGUCUGGUGCGUUGCAUGGAACGCUGGUAUCGGGCCGUAUGCCAGGAGACAGCUGGUGAUCGCAAACCGUCACUGUUCCUGUGCGACUACGGUUGCAUGGUGAUAGUCGAUUUAGAAAACAUCCGAAAGAUACCGAGCCAGUUCACGACGGAAGUUCGUACGUAUGACGGUGUCGUGGAAGGUUUGCUCGACGCCCAAACGGGGGGUUUAACGAUAGAUUCGGACUUUUUGGAUAACUACCUGCCCGAAAACGAACCAUUGAUGGUGGAUGUUUCGGAAAUGAAGAGGGGCGAUUCGAUCAAUAGCGGUGUUGAAGAAACCUACAACGUAUUGAACUUCCACCGAUUUUCCGCAUUUACUAACUCAUUGAAAACCAAACCGGUUGAAGAUCAUAUCAAUAAUUAAAAAUGGUACAAAACAUUAAUGUGCAUCAAAAGUUCAAAGAACGUUAGCGGUAGAAAACUCUUUUCUUCUUAUUUUUCCUCAUAACAUAUUUUUUGUAGCUCGCAAACUUACAUGCGAUCAUAUAACCUCCUUCUGAAUUAGGAAUGAUCCCUGGAUAGGGGCGAGAUAGGUUACCAAUUUGUAGAUGUAGAUGUUUUGUUAAACUUUGCUAAAAUUGUUCAUUACAGAGUCGUCGAUCCGUGAAUUUAUACUUAGAAAACAAAAACAGAGAGAAGAAUUUGGGAAAUGAAUCGAACAAACCGACCAAUCCAGCAUCUUAAAAGAGUUAUGCUAACUGAAUUUUUCAAAGACCUGCCGUAAGACGGUCACAACUUCAUUUUAAAGAUCGUCGGAUCGAAAGGUAGUUAAAGGGGAUAUUUUACUUUGUUUACAUUCAAAUAAAACUUUUAACAGAUAAUCA